UUAAAAUUUUCUCCAUAAAAAAAUAUGAAAAAAUUAACUGCUUUUCCGUGGAUGUAUAGAUGGAUGAAUAGAUGUAAGGAUACAGCUAUAAGAGCCACCGCUCAGCACAGACUUUAUCGGCCGUCUAUUUAAAUAGUUGGGGCUCUCUUGAAAUAUGUACGUGAAGAUCUAUGGAGGUGCGCAUACUAUACCAACUUAAUCGCUCCGACUAAUUCGUUGUGUAGCAAUGGAAAGACUAGCAAGCCCAACUAAAUCGGCGGCCGAUAAAGUCCGUGGUGUGCGAUGGAUCUAAAACAUUUUAAACAAGAAAUAUUGUCGUCGCAUUUCCGUUUUCCCAUUUUUAUUCAUGCGACUAGCAGUGGCAAGUAUGUAUGUAUUAAAAACAUAUAUGUAUACAUAUUAAAAAUGAAGUGAUCAGUUACCAAAUAUAGAAAUACUUAUGUACAUAUUCUGUUAAAAAAUAUCUUCAAUAAUAAGCGAAAAUACCCAAGAUCUACAUCGUAGCAGUGGCUACAUUGCGUUUUUGUCACAGACACGGUUUAUGUCAAAAAAAUUUGAAGUGAAACUACCUUCUAAAAAUUAUGUGUCACAUGCGUGAAACUGGCUGUAAUAAUAGUUUUCAGAAUAUGCGUACGAAUUUGUGAAAGAAAUAGACGCUAAUAUUUUUAAAAGAGGGUAGUAAAUAUGUAAUAAGAAGACAGAAAAAUUUACCACAUAUUUUAUACAAUUUGCCUUUGUUUUGUUAAAAAGAACUUAUGCAUAUAAGAUACAUACAUACAUAGUUACAUGUGCAUCCAAUUUGUUACUUAUUAACGAACAAAGCGAUCAGGCUGAAGUAAUCUACGAAUACUUACUAAAAUCCGAUUAAAUUAUACGACAAAUUGUUUUAGUACAAUGUAAUAAAGAAUAUUAACGAAAACACUUUUAAGUUGUCAAAACUCAUCAAGAAUUAAAACUUAACAAAGUUAAAGUGUGAAUAAUAAAUCCAAAAAAAAACGCGAUUCAAAAAAAUGCGUUCCAAAAUCGCACCGUACCUUGUGGGAGCGCACCUCCUGCUGCUCGCGCUACUCACAUUGAGCGAAAACAGCGCGCAUGCGCUCAACACAGCCGAGGCAGCAGCAAAUCCGACUUGUUCACUGAAGGACAAUUGUAAUUUGAAUGACAACUUCCUGACAGACACUGGUGAGAUAAGUGACAAGGCGGCCAGCAAAUUGGAGAAUAAAAUUAAAUCCAUUUUCGAGGAUAAAGUAAAUUACAGCCUCAAAUUGUUCGCCGAUGAAGAUGUCAUAGAGUACAACGCAUUGGAAAGCAAUUUAUCAGAGCGCGCACGCAUGGCGGCGACAUCAGCGGCGAAUUUAACGCUACGCCAGUUCCAAGACGCUGCUGAUGUAGAAAAUGAUGAGCGAGUUUACUUGUACAACAUUGGCCGUCGGUUUAUAUCAAUUGCAGCGCCUUUUGAUGCGGCCCGUAAUCCCGAUGCGUCUCCAAAGUGUCGCACACAAAUGCGACAGUUUUUAAUGGGAUUGAAAAACUUUGACCUUUGGGCUUUGAAAAUGCACGACUCCACCGGCAAGAUCACUUCGGGGAUACUCAAUGGCAACAUAAAUCAGCUGGGUGAUUUCGACCAGUGUCUAGGCAUCAGCGCCACCACUGGUGAUGCAACAGCAGCUAACGGCGAUGACGGUGAAGAAAUCAAAGGACAAUAUUGCCUGGCCUAUGCGCAGCCAGUUUUGCCACAUAAAUCGAAGCGUUUGCGCACAUUCUUCAAACUAAUGCAAUCACAUGGACCAUUCAAGAGUGAAUUCAAUGAUGUAAGUGCAUUUCUCUCAAUUAGCAAUUCAAUUAUCAGAUAAUAUAGGUAAGAAAAA